UUUAAAGUAGGGAACUGUACGGGUUAGGAUCCGAUCCGGACAAGUCUACCCGUCAUACUCAUAUCCCGGACCCUCUUUUUCCUCCUCUAACUCUUAACUUUCUCGGAAGAGAAAGAGCGAGAAAGAGCGAGAAAAUUUGUCUAUAUCCAUUACCCAGUUCAACACCUACUUCCUCCCUUCUACUCUACUCCCGCCCAAUCCCUUUUUACUAUCAUUAUGUCUUCGUUUUUCUAGGGCUGGGGUUUAUACGAAUUUUAUGUUGCUCGCAUCUUAAUUCUCGAAUCUUCGAUCCCCAAAUACCCUAGAAUUCUCUGUAGCCCUGAAACUUUCAUUUCAAAUGGAGGAAGAGAAGCGCGGCGGUGAAUCAAUAUGCAGGGUUUCGUCGUCUUUUUUCAAGUCCGGUGACCGUCAAAUGUUCACGAUGGAGCUUCGUCCUGGUGAGACUACUAUAGUCUCGUGGAAGAAGCUCAUGAAGGACGCUAAUAAGGUCAAUGGGUCUUCUUCUACUACCGUUCUCGAGCUUCCUGUCAAUGCUCAUCCCCGUCUCGAGUCUCGUAUCGCUCCUGUGGCGGCGCAACCGGAUGGUGAAGAAGUUAAAGAUGAGACUGCUCCCAGUCGUUUUAGUGCUGUUAUUGAGAAGAUUGAACGACUUUAUAUGGGGAAAGACAGUAGUGACGAGGAAGAUCACAAUGACAUCCCUGAUGAUGAUCAGUAUGAUACAGAAGACUCUUUCAUCGAUGAUGCUGAGUUGGAUGAAUACUUUGAAGUUGAUAAUUCAGCCAUAAAGCAUGGCGGUUUUUUUGUUAACAGAGGACAAUUAGAACGCAUUGAAUCCACUGCACUACCUAGCCAGCAACCAAAGAAAAGGCGAAGAAAGGAUUUGGCAAAGGGUAAUGGUGAAAAUGAUGAUGGUUGUUUGCAAAAUAAACAUGCAAAACCAGGCAAAAUGGCUAGUGGUAAGAAUACAUCAGCACUUGCAAAGACUUUGUCUACCACUACUCAAGCAGUAGCUGUAUCCGGUGAAGAUAUACAAUUUCAGAGUCAGUUGAAUUCUACAGUAGUUUGCCCUAAGAAGAAAUCUUCAGAUUCAAAAACAAUAAUAGAUCCUUCUGUUCUGAAAGUUUCAAAUGGAGAUGCUACUAUGAUAUUAGCUGAGGUAAAGGAUAUUGAAAAGCAGAAGACAGGAUCCCUCUUAUCUAAAGAUCCAAGUAGCAAGUUCAAAGAAAUGGCUGUAUCCUCUGAUUCUUCACAUUCUAAACAUCAUGAUAAAAAUGUCUAUGUACAAUCCAAAUCCCAAUCUGGGAGACCAUCUAGUGGUGCUGAUGAAUUGGAUUCAUCAAUUCGUGUGAGGGAAAAAAAUGGCAACCGUGAACUUUCUGAUGUUAACACCUUUGAGGGAAAGUACUCUGCACCAACAACUAAAACACCGCACAUGCACAAAAAGGAUGGUUCUAAUGCAAGGCCGAAAGGUUCAAUACUUGAAAAGGCUAUAAGGGAGUUAGAGAAAAUGGUUGCAGAAUCAAGGCCGCCUAAUGUGGAAAAUCAAGAGGCAGAUAAUUCGUCACAGGCUAUUAAAAGGAGAUUGCCUAGAGAAAUAAAAAUGAAGCUUGCCAAAGUUGCGAGAUUAGCGCAGGCUAGCCAUGGAAAAGUUUCGAAAGAACUACUCAACCGCCUUAUGAGUAUUCUUGGUCACUUAAUUCAACUGAGAACAUUGAAGAGAAAUUUGAAAGUCAUGAUUAGCAUGGGUUUGUCAGCUAAACAGGAGACAAAUGAUAGGUUUCAACGUGUAAAGAAGGAAGUCAUAGAGAUGCUUAAAGUGCGAGCACCCUCUAUGGAGUCAAAGGCCUUGGAGAAACAAGCUGGAGCAUCAGACGAUUUUCAAGAAAUUCCUACUGAACAAAAAGAAGUUUCUAAAAGAAAGUAUAGUAUGGAUGCUGCAUUGGAGGACAAGAUCUGUGAUCUCUAUGACCUUUAUGUUGAUGGUCUGGAUGAUGACGCAGGUCCUCAAGUAAGAAGGCUGUACGCAGAGCUUGCAGAAUUAUGGCCUAAUGGUUUCAUGGACAACCAUGGGAUCAAGCGUGCAAUAUGCCGGGCAAAAGAGAGGCGAAGAGAACUAUAUGGCAGGAAAAAGGAUCAGGAGAAAAUGAAGAGGAAAAAGAUGUUAGCCUCUAAAACUGAGGAGGGUGUUCGAGUUGAGGGUGGUUCCAUUUUGCAGCCUCAAUACACACGAGAAAGUUCGGCUACUUUAUCUGGUGGUCAUUGUUCAGCAAACAAGUCAGUUCCUGCUUCAACAGUGGUCAUGCAGCCACCCAGUCCAAUAAAUGUUCAGAGCUUCGACAAGGUUAAACAAGAAAAGUUCAAGGGAACUUCAAGCCACUCCCCAGAAGAUGCUAGGGUGGGAGACAGUAUAGUGGUGACAAAGAAGAAGGUGAGAAGAAAGCCAGAAGUAGAGUUGGAUGAAACUCAUCUCCGGUCAGAGGAAAGACAGAAGUCGCUUAAACAAUCCGCAACUCCACCACUUAAACCAAACCUUCAGUCCACGGCCCUCUCAAGCCUCGAACAAUCAAGCUGACAUGAUAUUAUUUCCACACUUAGAAAAGUAAUUUUCAUCAUCAAAGCUCUUGUAAGAAAGUCUUCAUUUUUUUUUGUUUCAGUAGUUCUCUCAUGGGUUGGCUUCAUUCUUUUGUGACCAACUUCUUGUUACCAUUUUUGUAAUUAAGUGUCGUUUCUUGCUACCUUUUCUAUGGCUUAGAUGUAUGCGUUUAUAUAGAGUUAUCAGAAAGCUGUACUGUAAUUCCUUAAUGCCUGGUGCAGUUUUAUAAACUCUUCACUUAACAUGUUUCUUUCUUCA